AUGGCGCCGUAUCUAGGGUCGGAUGCGGACUAUUUUAAGGACAAGGCGCGUAGGGACUUGCUGAACCUCCUUGAAGGCGUUCGCGGGAAGAAGAAUCUUGUGAUUAGCCAGGGUUUGGCUGGCCCAGUUGGCCUGUUUGUCAAGUUCUCCCAGCUCCAGGAGUACGGCGUAGACCGCGUAUUCUUGCUCGAGAAUGGCAAUGUCGACUCAACCCAGCGCAAUGUUGUAUUUCUAGUGUAUGCCGAAAAGGCCCGCCAGGUGCGAGCAGUGGCAGAACAAAUCCAACGAUUACAGCGUAACAGCAGCAUUGACCAUGAAUUUUCUAUCUUCUGGGCCCCGCGACGGACCCUCGUAAGCAAUGCCAUUCUCGAGAGCGCAGGGAUUAUUGGGGACGUGAAUAUUGCUGAAUUGCCUCUUUGCUUUUUCCCUCUAGAGGAAGAUGUCUUUUCGCUGGAGCUGGAUGAUUCAUUUGGUGACCUCUACCUGCAUAAAGAUCCCGGCUGUAUCUUUCAUGCAGCAAAGGGCCUUAUGGAUAUUCAGAAACGGCACGGUUAUUUCCCCCGCAUAGUCGGCAAAGGAGACCACGCACGGCGACUUGCUGAUCUCUUACUGCGAAUGAGAAAGGAGCUCGAUGCAGAGGAGAGCUCUGGCUUGGCGGAUCUCGCCUCUCGAGGUCUUCUUCCUAGUGCACAUAUUGAGAGUCUAAUUGUUAUCGACCGAGAAGUUGACUUCGGUACACCUCUGCUCACUCAGCUAACGUAUGAGGGCUUGAUCGAUGAAUUGGUCGGGAUUAAACACAAUCAAGCGGACGUCGAUACAUCGAUUAUUGGCGCUGGUUCAGCGCCCCAGGCCCAAGAAUCUUCCAAACCUACCCAACAAUCCUCUAAGCAAGCCCAGAAACGGAAGAUCCAGCUGGAUGCUUCAGAUCAGCUGUUUGACCAACUUCGAGAUGCCAAUUUUGCUAUUGUGGGCGAUAUCUUGAACCGGGUGGCCCGCCGCCUGGAAACUGACUACGAAAGCCGCCAUACAGCGAAAACGACGUCCGAACUUCGCGAAUUUGUGAACAAAUUGCCAACAUAUCAGCUGGAGCAUCAAAGCCUUCGGGUCCACACCAAUCUCGCGGAGGAAAUCAUGAGAAAUACCCGUUCAGAUAUCUUCCGCAAGAUUUUGGAAGUUCAGCAAAACCAUGCUGCGGGCGCUGAUCCUGUCUACCAACAUCCUUCAAUUGAAGAGCUCAUUGCUCGAGAUGUCCCACUCAAAGCUAUACUCCGGUUACUGUGUCUGGAGUCGUGUAUGUCUGGAGGGUUACGACCCCGAGACCUCGAAAACUUCAAGAGACAGAUUGUGCAAGCAUAUGGACACCAGCAUCUGCUAACGUUUUGUGCCUUGGAAAAGAUGGAACUCCUACAGCCGCGUUCCUCCGCCACCGCCAUGCUACUCCCAGGCACUGGCGCCCAAGCAGGAGCCAAAACAAACUACAGCUAUCUGCGGAAGAACCUACGCCUCGUGGUGGAGGAAGUUAGUGAAAAGGAGCCAAACGAUGUCGCCUACGUGUAUAGCGGAUUUGCACCGCUGAGUAUCCGGCUCGUCCAGUGCGUUCUCCAAAAACCAUACAUCCUUUCGCUUAUACGAGGUGGUUCUACGGCAGCUACAACAAGCCCUGCGAACACCGCAUCCCCGGGAUGGCUUGGAUUCGAGGAUGUCGUCAAGAGUGCUCGGGGUUCCACCUUUAGCAUAGUUCAGAAGGGUGACGAUAAGGCAGUUCGCGCGCGACAGACUCUCAGCGGCAACAACCACUCGAAGACCGUUUUUGUGUUCUUCCUGGGUGGUAUCACAUUUACUGAAAUCGCGGCGCUUAGAUUUAUCGCCGCCCAGGAGGCUCCGAGACGGAAGAUUGUUAUUUGUACAACGAGUAUCAUUAGCGGGGACAGGAUGAUGGAGGCAGCGAUGGGGAAAGGUAGCUUUGCGCCGACUUGAGUAAUACGACUCGCUUCAUCCUGCAAGGAUAUUAAAUGUUAAUACCACAAAAGGAUAGCUUUACAGUGCUCGAAUAAUUAUUAUAAUACACGUUCAUGUACUGAUGAAGAAAGCCACGAGUUU